AUGGCGUUAGCAGUUAGGCAACUCGCUGCAGUGUACGAGCAAGUGGAGCGCGCCAAGCUGGAGCGGCUGCUGGAAACGGAGAGAAUGCGGAUGGAGCUGAGCAAAGACAUGGAAGCGCAGAUGAUGCAGAUGCGAGUCGACAUGGCACGGGCAAGCGGUGAAUCGAGGCACAGUCUAGGUGGUGCUGCCGCCGCUGCUGCCGCUGGUGCGAGUGGUGGUCUUCCAGAAGAGCUGGUUGGUGGUAACCAUGAGGAUCGUGCCGGCGGUGGUGAUCAGAAUGACCAUCCUGGCGCUGGGACGCAGGGGCUAGUGAGCGGCAGCAGGCUAGAUGAUACAGCUGGAGGUGCAGCUGGUUUUGGUGGCAAUGCUGCCAUUGGUGAAGGGGUGCUAGCUGGUUCAGGAAAGGACGAGGGGACAUUCAACUUCUCAACGCCUCGGGGAAACUUGAUGAAUCCGUCAACUGUUGAGAGUGCACAGACAACUGCAACACCUAAUCCAGUCUUUAACCUGUUCCGCACUCCUCCACGGCUUCGCCUUGCGGAGUGCAUGAGUGCCCGCUUGGAGCUUCUUAUUGACCCAGUGGAUAGUUUCGACUUAUUGUCGCCGUCACUCAUGUAG